UUUUUUGGUGCAUAACAUAUUUUGACUUUUGACCAAUCUCUAAACUGCAAGACUUAUCUGAACUACAUAUCGAUAACAAAAAGUUACUACUUCUCCUUAUUGGGUCUUACUUUGGUUUUCUGGCUGAUAGGUUGGGAACUGGUCCAGAUGGCUUACGGAUCUAUUUGGCAUUCAGGAUAAUAACUGAGCUGAAGAUGAGACUAAAUCACCAUGACAACAGUGAAAUGAACUCCGUAAAAUCUUUCAAAGCUUUCCGUCUGCCCAAUGCUUGCUGAUAGCUCCAUGAGAAAAGAGGCAUACCGAACGUUAUGUGCAUCAUUGAUCAAGAGGGUCCUCAACAACUUUGUUCUGGAUGGGUUCUCUCUGCACCCAAUUUCAGCUGUUGUGCUUGAGGCCCUGGAUGUUGAGUUGAAUGAGGUGCUCAUGCCUAAUCCAUUUGAUAGGCCUCGUGCUGUUUUCAUGCUAGCUGUCGAAGGAGCCGAAGGUGCUUGAAAUUGGAUCUGAAAUGCAUCAUGAGAUGCAAGUUCUAGUCAUUCUGAAGCAGAUAAUUUUUGUGAAUGUGUUACUAUAUGCAGGUUCUCAAGUCAUGGUGCAGUCAGCUAACGCUUUAUUUGGUACUGCCCUUAGGACCAGUGCGCAUGUCAUUAAAAGGCAUCCUGGUUGGGUGGAACAUAUGUUGCUAAAGCCUUAGAGCCCAUGACAGAAGAGUUGACUAUCCCCUUGGCAAGUGGUGCCAGUCUAAAUCUUCAUAUGUCAAAGAAAGCAGACAAAGAAUUUAUCGGAAGCCUUGUUUGUCUCAUCCGUAGUAUUAGAAGGGCAAUGCAUAUGCAUCAGGAUUUGUUUGGAAUUAUGAAAAAACCAGCAGAGUUGAUUAGAGGAAGUUUUGAUGGCAUUAAGGUUCUUGAAGAGGGGUAUGGAACUGAAGGUGUUACCCGGAAGGAGUGGAGUUACUCUUUACUUCAGUUGCAAAGAUAUUCCACUCCUUACAAUCCGUGGACGAAGGUUCUGCAACAGGGGUAUGGAACUGAAGGUGUUACCAUCAAGGAGUGGAGUUACUCUUUACUUCAGUUGCAAAGAUAUUCAACUCCUUACAAUCCGUGUACGAAGCCCUCUGCUCGUUGGCUGGAGGGAACAACAGGCUUGCCAAAUUCAAAGGAUGUUGCAGAAGGACUGUUGGUUAGGCGGACCCUAGCUUGGGUUACAGGAAUCAUUCUUCUAGUUGCCGCCAUCAUGGGGGAUAAUGACUCAGCUGAAGAUGAGAUUAAUCAUGAUGGCAACAGUGAAAUGAUUUGCGUAAAAUCUUUCAAAGCUUUCCGCCUGCUCAAUGCUUGCCGAUAGCUCCAUGAGAAAAGAGGCAAGUCCUUGAUGACUCUUAUUCCCUUUUUCUUGUAUUUUGUUUUGUUACCACAAAUGCAAAGGUAUGUAUUCACUUGACAAAGAAUGGCGAAGAACAAUUUUAGUUCUUAGUUGGUGUAUAGAUUAGUGACUACUGACCACAAUUUGGAAAGCAUAAGUAGCUCAUGGUUACGAAAAUAUAACUGGCCUCAUUGCGCAGGAAGUAAAGUCCUAACUCGAGACAAAAGUGUGGUUACUAGUAGGUAUAUAGACUACUGACCACAAAUAAAAUACAUUAGUGACUCCUAGUGGGUGAAAGACUACUGGCCGUUUGAUGGGAAAGUAAAGUUUCUAACUCGACGGUAAGGUAAGACGAAGAACAAUUGUCGUUCCUAGUAGCUAUGUAGACCACUGACCACAAUUUGAGAAGCAUAAGUUGCUCUUGGUUGUGAAAAGAUAACUGGUCUCGUUGAGCAAAAAGUAAAGACGCUAACUUGAGAAAGAAGUGUUGUUCGGAGUAGGUUUAUUGACUACUGACGACAAAUAGAAAACAUAAGUGGCUCUAGUGGGUGAAAGACCUCUUGAUGGGAAAGUAAAGUCUCUAACUUGACAAGCAAUUUUUUGUACAGUACAUUCCAUGGUUGUAGUGGGGAAAGUAGUUAAGUGACGUGAAAUUAGUGGAGUAAUAUUUUUACAGGGCUUGUAAAGCUUUCUCUUGCCCCUUUAUUGAUCAAAGAAAUAAAGAUAAUCAUUUGACCCUCACCCCACUUCAAAUGCCAAUAUUUUUCUUCAUUGGUCUAUCUGCAGAUGCCAUUUCAGUGCUCUUGCUGUUUGUUUCACAAAAACUCUAGUAUAUCAGUAGAGGUCAUAUUGGUAAGCAGUCCAUAUUUUAUAGGUAGAAAUGUUCUGAGUCAGUUUUACCUACAAACCGUAUCCUCUUCUACCGCUUAGUUCCCACAUGAUGUGUAUGUAGCUUGUCUCUCUCUGGGAUUAGCAUCUUCUUUUUCUUUUUGCUGAACUUAUUUAUAGACAUGCUAUUUCUCAUUGAAAUUUGAAAUAAUUUUAGCAGUGGAGAUAUUCUGGAUCAUACAUCUUUGAUGUGUGGAAUGAAAAACUUCUACUCUUUUUGUGGUAUUUCACUUCUAGGGUUUGUUCCCUGGACAUAUAGGCUGAAUUUAACUUUUGGAUAUUGUCUAGUUCUUGCAGAUAUUUCUCUCUUCCUUUUAGUGAAAGGAGUCAUGUAACCUUAACUUUCUUGCGAUGUGUUGAAUUCUUUGAGGCUCAAUGCCUGUGGUGCUAAUGUUCUUUUUGAGGAUAUUCGGGUUAUCUGAUGGCAAUAUUGAUUCUUCGUCAUGGCCAUGCUACCACAGCAGUAAUUGUUGUCUCACAAACUGCAAGUGCCUAUACCAUUCACUUGUUAAGUUGCUUAAAAAUCUCGUACGCAAAGCUCACCGCUGCAGCAUUUGAGGUUAUUCGAAAAAUACUGUCCAAUACCAUCUUUGGAUCAACAUGCUGAAGGAGGAACUGGUUCCAUAUUCGAGGUUUUGCAACACCUAUGAUGCACCGACACUCCUAGAAACGUGUCCAACACGCCACGUGGCGUGUCCAAUAAUUUAAUGUAAUUUUUGGAGUGGGAAACGACUAGGACAUGGGGUGACACAGGUGAGACACGGCUAGGACACCGACAGGGACACGACGAGGGCACAUUGACUGAUUAAAAAUAUCAAAACCCUAAAUUGGCAGCUCCUCUCCUCUCUCUAACGAUCGACAACCCUCUCUCCUUCCCUCUCACAAUCGACAACCCUCUCUCUCCUUUCUCAGAGACGCGACAGCAGCUCCUUUCUCCUCUCUCGCUCUUGCAAGCUCUCUCUCUCUCUCUCUCUCUCUCUCUCUCUCUCUCUCGGUAUCUAUGUCUUUCUCUCACUCUCUUUCUCUCGGUCUGUAUAUGUGUGUGUGUGUAUUUGAUGUAUGUGUCCCCUGCAGUGUUUUUUAUAAUCCCCGUGUCUGUGUUUUCGCGUCUGUGCACCAUAGUGCAACACUAAUGGACGUCUAUACUUCCAGAAACAAAGUGGCGAUCUAUACUUCCAAAAAGUGGUGAUCGCCAGUUCCUUCUGCGCACAGAACAUUCCAGAACGCUUACACUUCUCAGUCGUUGUCUUCGAUCCAAACUCCCUGAUCUGAUUGUUUUGACUUGCCUAGCACUUUCAAACCCUUCAAGAUAGAGUUUUGAUGGAAAUUAAUUCUUUUUUUCGGAUUAAAUUAAUUUCUAUUAAUUAUCUUUAACCCUACCUCUUCUACUCGAUAAAUAGGGCCUCUCCCUAUACGUUUUUAAUAAGAUUUUUCUACUCUCUCCCAUACAAAAUCAUGUUCUCUCAUCUUUCCACAAUCACACAACACCCAUAAUCUCUCGAGUAUUCAACCCUUGCAGUCUAGCAAAUCCGUGAGCAACCAAAACACACAGAGUAUCCGAAACCUUCAAACUAGGAAGAGUUUUUCAUCAUUCUUGGGUUUUUCUACCUUUAAUCCACAAAGGCUUGAAAUCAAGUUGCAAGUCGCAAUAUUCAGUAACUGAGUGACCAAGGUGGUAUGUUAAUAUAGCCUCCGGGCUAGCCUUUUUUAUUUGUUUCAUGCUCUUUUCUCUGUUUUGGAUGUUCUUCUAUUUUCUGCUGUUCUGGUGUAAACGAAGAAUAAUGACCGCCACAACUUUGUGACGAUCGCCAAUACUCAUUGCAUGUGACAACUGUUUGACCUUAAGUGGCGGUCGCCAAUUAGUUUAUGAUGGUCGCCAAUGCUUGUGGUGAACACCAUUUAAUUUUGUCGAUUGCCAGUGAUUGUGGCGAUUGCCAGAGUUUCUAAAGAUCAGAAACUCUAUUGUGUUGUUUCUGCAUGCUCCUUUCCCCACUCCCUGCUACUUGUUUAUUUCCUGUUAUCACCCAUAUAUGUUAAUGGCUUAAUUAAAAAGUACAUGUGAAAUCAGUUAAAGUGCAUUAAACUUUUUUUUGUCAAACAAGUAGAGGCCAACGUUUUGGUUGUGCGGACAGGGGCGCCUAACACCUUCCCCUCCAGUACCCAUGGAUCCUGAACUCAGAAGCUCAACCCUUUUGGUUUCUUGGUUCCUAAAACCAAAUGGCGACUCUAAACAGAAUAAGUGCGCCGCAAUGGGAACUAACAAUCAAACAAGACAUGCCGCAAUGGGUGUCUAACAAAAGAGCAUAGUUUCGCUUCAUGUCCAUCCUAUGUGGUGAAACCUCUUGGAGGGGGCGUCCACAACAACCCUCCUGCCAUAAUGCUUGAACAAGGGCCCAAUAGGGUGCCAAUUGUCAAGGCAGAGAGAGGUAGAUGAAUGAUUACCAACUUCAUAUUUAAUCCACCCUUGAGCUAAACCCCAUAGCUGGAAAAGUUUUCUAAGGAUCCAGGAAGCAUCAAGAGGGCAGGGCAUAUAUUGAAAGCUUUGGAUCUUAAUACGUAUGAACCCAUUUGACCCACAUUGCAUCUAUUUUCUUGCACACUGCCCAGAGGUGCCUUACCAUGGUAGCAUGAUUCCUUUCCUUGAGUACUUUAAAGCCCAAACCUCCUCUUGAGGGACACACACAUCCGCCCAUGUCAUGUUGGCUCUUGAAGCUUGCAAACCAGGCACCUUUCCAAAGAAAAGCUCUGAUUGGAAAGGUGCCUGUUUUGAUCCCCUGUAGAAGUGUAUGCUAAACAAGACUGGCUUAAUAAGCUGCAUUCUUCCCCCAUAGGACAACAUUUUAUUAACCCAUGAUCGGACCCUUGAUAACAUUUUAUCUUCCACGGCUACGCAAUCAACAUAUUUGAGUCUUAGACCCCAACAUACCUAAUUGAGAUAAUAGAUUCAGGGAUGGGGAGAAUACCUUGAAGAACCACUUUUAGCUCCUCACUAACCCCAUAAUAGAACACUGAACUCUAAGCCAAAUUAGGCUGACAGUGUGCGGAAGUCCUUUAGAACUUCAUCAAUCACCCCAAAAGAUUAUGGAUCUGCACCACUAAUAUAAACAUGUAGUUAGCAAAAACAAGGUGGGAGAGGUUAAUGUCUGCACACCUAGGCUGGAACACAAAACCUGCUAAACCAUCCAACUAAAUACCAAUUGGCAAUGAGUGGAGAGGCCGCCCAGGCUUAUAUAUUAGUUUUGGAGGAGAUAAUUAACCGAUGUGGGACAAUUUCCAACACAACCUUUCUCUUAUAUUUUUCACAUCAGGAGAGAAGAGAAAGCUUCCAUCACGACAAGGAAAAGAUAAGGACAAACUGAGUCCCCUUGUCUGAGGCCCCUUUUCCUAGGAAAGUAUCCUUGCAUUUCUCAAUUAAUGAUCACUGAAAAUAUGGGGAGCACACACAUUCUUCCACCCAUUGUAGAAAAAGAGUAGGGAAUUUCAUGGUUGCCAUAGAAUCAAACAAAGAGUCCCUGGCUACUGAAUUAGAAGCCUAUAUUAUAUCAAGCUUUAGGGCAAAUGUAGGUCUACCUUGGAUGUAUGGUAGCCCCUUACUAGCUCCCACAUCCACAUCAGAAGGAUGUUAUCCAUCAUUGAUCUCCCCUUGAUGAAAGCUGAUUGCCGAGGGCCAAUGGACAUAAGGAAGGACUGUUUGAAGCCUAUUGGCCAAGACUUUGGUAUUACAUUUAUAAGUCACAUUGCAGCAAACAAUGGGGCUAUAUUCCUUCAUUGUGUUGGGAGCACCAAUCUUAGGAAUCAAUGAGACUGGAGUUGAAUUCCACCCCUUCAACAUUUUCCCAAUCUAAAAAUAGAAUGCACAAUACAGAUUGCUUACUAGUACUCAUAAUUAAAAGGAUACUUUUGAUCUAAAAAGCUCCUAAGACGAGGGAAAGUUAUACUCCCUCUGUCCCGAUUUGUUUGUCCAAUUUUGGGUUUCCAACUUAUUAAGGAAACCAAAUCUGAUCCAUUGAUUUAGAAAUUUACAUAAUGUGAUUCAUUGAUUUUAAAAUUGGGCAAUCAAUUUUGGACAUGUAUUAGUCAAAAAGGAGACAAACUAAUCGGGACGGAGGGAGUAGAUUUUUUGAUUUGUUAAUUACUUGGAAGCCUUUGAUUUUAUAUGCUAAAUAUUUAACACGAUUUUUGUUGCUUAAGUCAUCUUGAUCUGUGGGUUAUGUAGGUUUACGUAAAUUUUUAUCUACUUAUUUAGCAAAAGGGAUUUUUAAAAGGAACACAAAAUCUCUCGAUCCUCUAUCUUCCUGUCAUUUGAAUUCAAAUAAUAAGACCUUGUUAGUUCCAUGGUUAGUAAUUGGAAAUCUCUUGAUGGUUCUUUGUCAUUCCAAUCGACUUUCGCGUCAUUUUAGAUAUGAAAUAUUUCUGGUAAUCCAUUAUCUGGAAUUCAAAUCGGUUUUGUGUUUUUGUGUCAAUUGAAUGUUUGAUUAAUUUCAUCAGUAUUAUUUUGUUCUAGUUCUAAACUUUUUUUUUUUUUGGUAAUUCCCAUUGCACUUCAAAAAUCUAUAAUCUACAGUUUACAAUCCAAAAUUUAAGAAAUACUUGAUGCCCAAACACCUCUUUAUUGGGUUGUUGAAUAUUCGUGAUUGUGAUACGAA